CAAAAGUGGGCUCCGCCUGUGGUUGUAGCUAGGUGAGCACGAGGCGGAGUUCAACACCUAGUAUGGAAAAGAAGGAAGGGGGUGGGAGAUGUUCGAUCCCCGUUACUAGGGGAAAAAAAAAGGUAGGCUGUUCAGGGAUGGCAACCAUUUCUUGUCUGUGGAACGUAGUCACGUAAUUAGAAAGUUUAUCCAAAUUUAACCUCCCCAACAUGGCUCGUUUCAAACUAUAGGUAGUAGAGCACCUGAGUUGCAGUUCAGCCAGGAACCUCGUUUUCCAGCUCACGUUUCUGCCCGAGAAAGAGGACCAGAAGACCGGAAGUUGCGCGAGCUGCGAGGCGGAGCGAACCACCACUCCCUUCCUCACGCUGGCCGGAAGACAAAGGCGCAGCCUUUAUAAGGGUCCCCCUUUAGUUCCUGUUGGGCAUAGUUGUGGAAGCAGGAGUAGGUGUGUGGGUCUUUUACGGCCCUGCGCAGAGCGAAAUGCCAGGGGGAGGCCGUUGCCCGGACUGCGGCUCCGCUGAGCUCGUAGAAGACUCGCACUAUUCGCAGAGCCAGCUGGUCUGCUCCGACUGCGGCUGUGUGGUCACCGAGGGGGUCCUUACCACUACCUUCAGCGAGGAGAGCAACCUCCGAGAAAUAACAUAUUCUCGAAGCACGGGGGAGAACGAACAAGUUAGUCGCAGCCAGCAACGAGGUCUCCGUCGAGUGAGAGAUCUCUGUCGAGUUCUGCAGUUGCCAGGAACAUUUGAGGAGACCGCUAUCACCUACUACCAGCAGGCAUACCGGCACUCUGGCAUCCGAACAGCCAGGCUGCAGAAGAAGGAGGUAUUGGUCGGAUGCUGUGUUUUAAUCACCUGCCGGCAGCAUAACUGGCCCCUAACCAUGGGAACCAUCUGCACUCUGUUGUAUGCAGACCUGGAUGUGUUUUCUGGUGCCUACAUGCAGAUAGUGAAGCUCCUGGGGCUGGAUGUGCCAUCUCUGUGUUUGACGGAUUUGGUGAAGACUUACUGUAGCAGCUUCAGAUUGUUCCGUACCUCUCCAUCUGUGCCAGCCAAAUACGUGGAAGACAAAGACCAGAUGCUUUCUCGAACCUUGCAGCUGGUGGAACUGGCCAGUGAGACGUGGCUGGUAACUGGGCGGCAUCCCUUGCCUGUCAUCACCGCUGCUACUUUCCUGGCGUGGCAGUCUCUGCGGCCUUCGGAUCGGCUAACGUGUUCCCUGGCCCGAUUUUGUAAAAUGGCAAAUGUGGAUCUGCCCUACCCGGCUGCCUCGCGGCUGCAGGAGCUAGUAGCUAUCUUACUUCGGAUGGCUGGGCAGCUGGCCUGGUUGCAGGUUCUGAAACUUGACAAACGGUCUGUGGUGAAGCACAUUGGCGAUCUUCUCCAGCACCGCCACCUACUGCUCCGAAUGGCCUUUCAGGAUGGAUCAUCAGAAAUGGAGACCGAGAAGAAGGAGCAACAGAGGCAGGGACAAGGACGAGGAGAAGAGGAGGUGGGGCACAGCGCCUUGGAUUUGUCUAAGGGGAAGCGACCAGCCAGCCCUGCACUUCUUCUCCCACCCUGCAUGCUGAAGCCCCCAAAGCGGACCUGCCCCACGCCCCCCGUCUCCACAGUCACUGGAGAUGAGAACAUUUCUGAUAGUGAAAUAGAGCAGUACCUGCGCACCCCUCAGGAAGUUAGGGACUUUCAGAGAGCCCAAGCUGCCAGCCAGGCUGCCCAGAGUGUCCCCAACCCUCCUUGAUGCAUACCCAUCGGAGGUACCUUGCCUCCUUUAAAGCAGUGUGCUAACGAUCCCAUGAAGUAGGUGCGCACAGGACAGAGGUGCACGUAAGUACCUGGAUGUCAUCAUUCUUGUUUGAAGGAAUCGAGAGGGCUGCUACAGAUAGACCGGGGUCGUGGAGAGAAGUUGGGAGGAGUGUAUGCUGUGGCUGGGGAAGACUCCUGUCCCUUGGCUGGGGGACAGCAGGUUGCAUGCAUUCACAUUCCUCUUAAGACUUGGGGAAGAUGGCUGGGCUCUCUCUUGCCCCAGUUUGAGUUGAACACUUACUGAUGAUUCUGCAGGCUUGGUGGGGCUUUCCUGCUGUUUGUGGAGCCACUGGCAUUGGCAGUGGUGUUAACCUACAGCGUCGCGGGAGCUGGGAAACUCUUGGCCUCUGGAGGGCAGUUGUGUGCCAUGUGUGUAUGGUGUCGUGAGAUCCUCUACAACUUCAUUAGUAAAAGGACAGUAGGUGGACUACGGCUAUAGCUGAGGGCUUUGCAAAUUUUUAAUAUAUUAAAACAAGAGACAUCUGCUAGAAAACAUUCUAUUGUAUAAAAUCCAAGCUUUUAAAUACAUGCUUUCUUUGGCACUUUUCAUUCCCUCCCUCCCCGCUCCCCAGCGUAUUGCAAAAAGCUCUCCAGUGCUAAGGCAUUGGCAGGGUGUGUAAACAGCAGCCAGCGUAUGUGGAAGAAUAAUACGAAGCUUCCCCCCCAAUACUGUCUGUGCAGCAAGCAUAAAUAACCUGGGUCCCACGGCUCUUCACAGGGUCCAAGGUUCCCUCCACUUGCACUUGGUCCUGUAGCAAGACUGGUGUUUGCAUUUUAGGUUGGGAAAAAUCCGGGUGCUGGUGUUUUAGAGUACUGAAGGCACAGAUCCUUGAGUGAAGAGACCCCAGUCCCUGCCUCAGGGCUUGGCUCGGGCUUCUGUGGGUCAAGAAGCUGGAGGUUUCUCCCUAAUAAACUGUCCCUGGAGUUUGUAUUAGUGGGGUGGUUCUUCCAUAUUGGCCUCACAGAGGCAAGGAGGUGCUCUUCCUCUGUCCCUCCGUUUUGGAAGGCGGACUCUGGGUCUCCUGACUGAACUUCAGUGCUUCUCCAAACACCACCUGCAGCGACAGGUGGAGCCGAACUCGGAGCACUGUUCGUGCAUUCCCGCCCGGGUCCAGGUGGGGGCGCCCUCCACUUCGCUCAAGUCACCAAGCACCGGGCAGUCAGCUUUGCAGGAGGGCGGGCAAGGCUGCGUUCUGAGGUGCCUCCUCAGGCCUGUUUGGUUACCAGUCACGGAAUGGUGU